UCCAGGACAUGGGCCUCAUAUUGCGCUCCUGCAGCCUCUGCCCCCAACUCAACCCAGGGCUGCUGCUCCUGGGGCUAUUGCUCCUAUCAGCUGUGAUCACAGUCGCCAGGAGAGAGGAUCCUUCAGAUGAUGGGGACCUUCAGUGCGUGUGUUUAAAGACCAUGUCCAAAGUCAAUGCCAAGCACAUCAUCAACCUGGAGGUGAUCAAGGCUGGACCCCACUGUGCCAACACCCAGAUAAUAGCUACACUGAAGAAUGGGAGUAAAAUUUGCCUUGAAGGGGAGGUCUCCUUCUUUAAGGGAUUAGUCCGGAAACUCAUGGCGAAGUAGUUUCUACCUGGCUAAAUGUAUAUUUUGCUAUAAAACAUGUUUGGGUGGACCCCCCCACCCCCACACACACACACACAUUCGCUCUAACUAAAAAAAAAAAAACUUCUAAUGAUUAUAUUAACCUUCAAAUCUUAAAUAAAUAAAUCAUAUGAAUCAAGUUGUGAUUUUCUCAAAUAUUGCUUCAUAAUAGAGCAGAAAAUAGUGAUGUCAUAUCAUAUUUUCUUACAAGAAAAUACCUCCAGAAUUUUAAGAAAAAAAUGUUUUGAAGGAGGGUUUGUUUUAUAAGGACUGAAUUUGCUUGGUGCUACAUGUUUGGCUGAUAGAUAUUUGCAUGUUUAUGUGACAGCAUUACUUCAUAGAUGCAUAUUUACUUUAUGUGUUAGCUUUGUUAAUAAUAGCAUUUAAUAUGUCAAGAUCAUUGUAUUGUCUUGAGCAACUAAUAAAAAAAUAGAAUUUAAUCAUUA